AUGUCCUCCACAUCGUGCAAAUUCGCGGUUGCUGAAGAUCAUAAGAAGACUCAUGUCUCUACAAGCAAACGCUAUGGCAGGCUUGCCGUGAAAAUGCGCAACUAG